AUGCAGUCUGCAGAGCUCGCAUCCGCCGUCGUCAGUGCCCGCCGCCCUCAGUAUUAUGGGCCGAUCAGGGUGUCUUUGGUAGCGCUGCGGCGCCGGCAUCCGAAUCUAAAUUUAGCCGACGCGUACUACUUAUGUGCAAUAGUAGAAGAAGUCCGCUGUUUCUGGCAACGCAAACUCUCUGCCGCUUCGCUCGUGUUCUUCUUGAACCGCUAUACCCUGCUCGUGGCGUCGUCCUCAAUGGUGAUAGCACAUCUCACGUGGAAGGCGGAUACGGUGAGGACCUUCACAUAUGUAGUAAUGCAUAUACUUAGUACAACGUGCAAGGGGCUCGGCUGGGUAUACGAGAGCGCGAAUAUACUGCUGUUCGUCGAAUCUGCUGUAUUCUCCGCGCUCAGAGCGUAUGCCAUUGGUGGCCGCAUCGUGAUGCCAGCCCUGGUGGUGUUGGUGCUCUCUUUGACUGCGGGUGGGGCGAUGCUCAAUAGCGAAAGAGACUUCAGUGCUGACAUCAUUGCAGUGAUGACCGCUACACGGGCUAUUGCGAUUGCUGCGGAUUUGAUCGUCUUCGCAGUAACUAUCCACCAUACGUUUGGAAUCAAGAGACAAGCCCGUCAGCUAGGGAUCAAGGUGCCGCUUGUCACUAUGCUUCUGGUUGACGGGUUUCUAUACUUCGUAGUCGGAGUGCAACCGACGAUCUCGUCCAUUCUGAUCUCAAGGUUCAUGUUCCACCUACAUCGGAGUCCCAGCCCCGCUGGUAGCACGCUCCGGGAAACGCACAGCUUGAUGACCUGUUCGGUGGGUUCAGCACCCCUUGACAGUCAAGCAUUCGCCCACUUCCGCACAAACAACAUAGGCGUGGGGACGCCUUCCGCUGGGAUGACAUCGUCAGCUGGUAUCGCCUUGGAAGACGACUGGGGUGAUGCAGCGUCGGAUGUGGAAUCAGUGUAUGAAUUAGACGACGAGCGGCUCUCAACAUGGCUAUCGACAAUUGCCAAUACAUCCCGGUGUUUCAAUAAUGCGAUCGCCACUGGAAGCUUUACUGUCGGCAUCUAA